CACGAGACGGCCCAAGAGUCGUCUUCUGAUCAAUAUUGUACCCCUAGGACAAUCAGCCGUCGUCGACCUUUAUAACCCUCCUGACCACAUCUGCGGGACGCGGAGCUCUGUCCUCUCUCUCGACCCAUCACCCAGCUUGCGGCCAUGUCUGUACAGUCGAAACACUUCCUCAACAAGCCGGAGAAUCUGGUCGUAGAGUCCCUACAGGGGCUUUGCGCCCUGAACCCGAAGCUGGGUCUUGACACUACCAACAAAGUCCUCUAUAACUCGGCGUACGAUCGCUCAAAGGUCGCGAUCAUCUGCGGGGGUGGCGCAGGCCACGAGCCCGCUCACGCUGGCUAUGUCGGCGAGGGCAUGCUCGCAGCUGCUGUAUGCGGCAGCGUCUUUGCCUCUCCGAACCCAGCGCAGGUGCUCCGCGGCAUCAACCUCGUAGACAGCGACGCAGGAACCGUCAUCAUCGUCAAGAACUACACCGGCGACAUCCUGAACUUUGGCCUCGCAAAGGAGCAGUACGCCGCGCUGCAUCCGAGCAAGGCCGACAAGGUCAAGUUCGUCAUCAUCGGCGACGACGUCGCCGUAGGCAGGAACCAGGGAAAGAUCGUUGGUCGCAGGGGUCUCGCCGGCACAGUGCUCGUCUACAAGAUCGUCGGCGCGCUCGCCAGGCGGGGCGCGAGCCUGAACGAAGUCUACACGACGGCCGAGUACCUCGCGACGCGCCUGGCGACGAUCGGCGUCGGGCUCGAGCACUGCCACGUGCCGGGCACGGCCGCGGGCGAGUCGCACCUGGGGCCCACGGAGAUCGAGAUCGGGAUGGGCAUCCACAACGAGCCGGGCGCGCGCCGGCUGUCGCCCGUGCCGCCGCUGGGCACGCUCGUCCCGGACCUGCUCGAGACCCUGACGUCGACGGGCGACGCCGACCGGUCGUUCGUGCCGUUCGGGGGCGCCGGCGACCGCGUCGUGCUGCUCGUGAACAACCUCGGCGGGACGAGCGAGCUCGAGAUGGGCGCCGUCGUCGUCGAGGCGAAGAAGGACCUCGCCCGGCGCGGCGUCAAGGUCGAGCGCGUCGUCGCGGGCACGUUCAUGACGAGUCUGAACAUGCCCGGCUUCUCGCUGACGCUGCUCCUCCUCCCCGGGCCGUCGGACAGCAACGCGCCCGACGCAGCCAAGCUCCUGUCCCUGCUCGACGAGCCCGCCGCCGUCCCCGGCUGGAAGUGGACCGUCGGCACCGUGCCCGCGGAGAGUAUCAUCACGCCGCAGGCCGCUGCCACCACGGCGACGCUCGACAACGCAGCACGCAUCAAGGCUGCAGACCCCAAGGCGUUCAUCGACGCCAUCCAGCGUGCGACGGACGCGCUCAUCCAGGAGGAGCCUGAGCUCACGAGGAUGGACAGCAUCGCCGGCGACGGCGAUUGUGGUCUGACGCUCAAGGCUGGUGCAGAAGCCGUCCAGGCCGAUCUCAAGAACGGCAAGAUCAACGCAGACGACGUGAUCGGCUCCAUGGUCGCGAUCUCCAAGGUCGCAGAGGAACGGAUGGGCGGAACGAGCGGCGCCCUGUUCUCCAUCUUCUUCUCCGCGCUCGCGCAGUCCCUGCAGGCUCACGCGCCCACGGGCGGCACGGCAGACGCGGCGCUGUGGUCGGGCGCGCUGCCGGGCGCACUCGAGCGGCUGUACACGUACACGCGCGCGCGGCCGCCGUCGCGCACGCUCGUGGACCCGCUCCAGGCGUUCGUCGACGCGUUCGCGCGCGGGCACGGUUCAGACUUUGCCGGGGCCGUGCAGGCGGCGGGCGCGGCGGCGCUCGCGACGCGCGACCUCGAGGCCAAGGCGGGCCGCAGCGCGUACGUCGAGGGCGACCGCCUCCGGCAGGAGAAGGUCCCCGACCCCGGUGCGUGGGGCGUCAAGGCCAUCGUCGAGGGCCUCCUCGGGCAGAGUGCCUAGAGGCCGUGUCGUGCUCGGCUGGAACAGGAGCGAACGCGCGCGGAACGGGUUGCGAUGCUGUAUUGGUAGUUGUUGUACGGCUGGAAAGAAAAGCAGGUUGUUGUAUUUUUACCUUGGUGUGUUGGCAUGUACCGCAAUCUGUUCUGGACAAAAAAUAUCAUCCCCCCUUUUGGACUCU